GAUACCUUAUGGGAAUGAUACUCCCGUUUAGUAGGAAUAUAAUGACCCAAUACAAAUAAGCGCAGAUACCAGACAGGGCCAUCAUCACUGAAGGUUGGAACAGUUCCAUCUUGAUCUUGGCAUCGAGAAUUUUCAAAUUUGAAUCAUCACUGAACGCAAGACGUCGCUAGCGAGUGACGUGUUCUAGAAUGUCUUUAAUCGGGAAUUUUUUCUCGGGACUUGGACUUUACAAUUUACUCAUUCUUAGCAUUUUAGUCUACAUUUCUUUCAUACUGCUGAAGCGAUAUGUAUGGAGCGUUGACGGAGAUGUUCGUUAUUCGCAAUGUGAGCCCCCUGGACCAUGGGGACUUCCGGUUCUAGGAAAUCUUCUACAAUUGGGUAGUAGCCCGCACAAAAGUUUAACAAAAAUGUGGACAAAAUAUGGCAACGUUUUUAAGAUACAAAUGGGAAGUCGGCCUACUGUUGUGUUAAAUGGACUCGAAACGAUCAGACAGGCACUGGUACGGCAAUAUGAAGACUUUAGUGGCAGGCCGGACUUUUACACGUUUAAUUUCAUAGGUAAAGGAAUAAGCAUGGGAUUUGGUGAUUAUACACCACGUUGGAGAACACAUAGGCGUAUAGCGCAAAACGCCUUGGCAAUGAUGCUCAACUCUCGCGACAACCCGAUGCAUAUUUUCAUUGAGGCAGAAGCAGAGGUACUUGUUGGGAACCUGAUCGAUCAGGGCAAAGGCAAUACCCCUAUUGAUCCCCAUAACGAAAUCUACCUAUCAGUGGGGAACAUUAUUUGCGCAAUGUGUUUCGGGAAGCGUUAUCAGCGAGAUGAUCCCGACUUUCAACAACUCAUCAAAAAUAAUGACGAUUUCAUGUCGUUUGCUGCCGCUGGUAACCCCGUGGACAUAAUGCCAUGGUUAAAGCAUUUUCCAAAUCCACCGCUGAAGAAUUUCCUUGGUAUUUUGGACACGAUGAAUAAAUUCUGCGAUCGUAAAACAGACGAACAUUUGAGUACGUACGACAGCUCUUACCUUAGGGACAUUACCGAUGCUUUGAUUCAUUUCGUCAAGGAAACACCUCGCGAGGAAAAGGAAGCUGUCGGCCUUACCGAUGAUCACAUCCUGACAACGGUUCAAGAAAUGAUCGGAGCUGGGUUUGACACCAUCGCAACAACACUUCAAUGGAGCAUCCUCUUUAUGGCUACAAAUCCCGAGUUCCAGAAACAGAUGCAAGCAGAGAUUGACAGCGUCAUCGGGAAAGAUCGGUACCCGUCGUACAACGACUACGAGAAUCUUCCUUUUACAGAGGCGUGUAUUUUAGAAACGAUGCGACACUCCUGCAUAUUCCCCUUCGCACUCCCUCACAGUUCUACACGUGAUUCUAUCCUCAACGGCCACUUCAUCGCAGAAAGGACUCUUAUCUUUAUCAACAUGUGGUCAGUAAACCGCGACCCCGCAAACUUCCCCAACCCCGAGAAAUACGACCCCUAUCGGUUUUACGACGAGGCAACGAAAACUGUAGAUAGAGUCAUGGCAGAGAAGUUCAUACCAUUCGGAAUGGGGCGUCGUCGUUGUCCCGGGGAACAGCUUGCUAAGAUGGAGCUUUGUAUAUUCUUUAGCACGUUAUACCAGAGAUGUUCAUUCGCCACGGUACCAGGGAUGACGUACGAAUACGAAUCGAAAUAUGGACUCACUCUCAAGCCUAAAGACUUUGUAGUAUCCGUUGAAAAACGUACUUAAUAUGAAAUACUAAGGAUAGGCCAAACAUGGUCGAAACAAUUUGAAUUGAGCUUUCAUCAUCACUUCAAAGUUCAAGGUCAUCUUCACCACUUAUGGCACUGAAUCAUUCAAAUCCAAUGAGCAUGACAUAUUUAAAACGUUUGGACAAUUAUGUGACCAGAGAAAUGCCAAGUGAAACUGAAAUGACCUCAAUGCUAUUCUUGGUAAACCUUCAAUCGCGUUAAUAUUUCUGCAUUAUUUGGCAACUCUCUUGGAACAAGAUCAACUCCAAUCUGCUCAUGGAUAGCUAGCAACGCUAUAAAUUGACAAUAUUCAAUAAAGAAAAGCACUAACGAGUUUAAUAGUUUCUUUACCAUAUUAUUGAAAUAAAAUACAUAUGGACUCACUAAUAGAUGCCUCAAAACCUGUUAUUUCAAUAACAAUAUUAUUACAGCUCGAAAUAUUACUCACCUAAGAACCA